AAGAAAAAAAAUAGUGAGCACGGAUAUCCAUGGAGACGGAUUUAAAGAAGUACCGUAUUUGUGGAUUUUGGAAUCUGAUUUGAUUUGAUUUGAUUUGAGGUUGAGAGCAAUUGUGAGAAGACAUAAUUGUGGAAGUAUAAUAGAAUUGAUUUGUGGUUUGUUAAAAUGUCAGUUGUUAUUGUCACAGGAGCCAGCAGAGGAAUUGGAGAAGCUAUUGUUAAGCAUGUUUUAAGAGCAUCAGAAGAGAAUAAGGUCGUUGUUACAUCCAGAACAUUAUCGAAGAUGGUUGAAAUUUAUUCUGGUUUCAAUCAGAAUAAUAUUGAGUAUGUCGGGGGAGAUAUUAGUGAUGGGAAGACUAUUGACGAGAUAAUUGAAAGGAGUGUUGAUAAAUUUGGGAGAAUUGAUUCGAUAGUUGUUAACGCUGGGAUAUUAGAACCAGUUGAUAAGAUAAGCAAUUAUAAGAAUGAGAAAAAAGAGUGGGAGAGAUUAUUUCAAGUUAAUUUCUUUUCCGCUAUUGAAUUGGUCAGCAAGUCGAUUGAAUAUUUAAGGAAGAGUCAUGGAAGAAUUAUAUUUACAUCUUCGGGUGCUAGUGUUAAGAACACUGAAGGAUGGGGAGCAUAUGGAGCAUCGAAGGCAGCAUUGAAUCAUUUAUGUGGAACCAUAAGCAAUGAAGAAAAGGCAAAUGGGAUCAGGACUAUAUCAGUUGCGCCAGGAGUUGUUGAUACGCAAAUGCAAGAUGAUAUUCGAGGUAGGCUUGGAGAAAAGGGAAUGAGUUUAAAAGAUUUAAAGAUUUUCCAGGAAUUGAAAAAGGAUGGAAAAUUAUUAGAUCCAAAGGUCCCUGGUAAGGUAUUGGGUAAUUUGGCUUUGAUGGGUAUCGAGGAAGAAUUGAAUGGAGUUUAUCUUAGAUAUAAUGAUAAGAAAUUAGCUAAAUAUAAGUAGAUGAUUAGAUAAUUAGAAUAGAAAAUAUAUAGAAGUAUAAUUAUAUUUAUUAUAUAAAAGUUCCCAGGAAGAAAAAAAGAAAAAAACAAAUUGAAAUUAGAGAAAAGUAAUUAAAGAAAAAUCACAAAGUAUGAUAUAAAGAAAACAUAACACCAGAUAAAAAAAAAACAAGAAUUUUAAUAUACAAUAUAUACUUCAAAAACAAAUGAACAAAAACCAAAGCAAAAUUUUAUCAAUUAAUAAGUAAAUUUUAUAUUGAAA